GUUCCAAUGUGGACGUUCGUUACAGCACUGAGUCUUGACCCUCAAAAGAAGUUUGUGAAAUCUGUAGGAAUCCAGCUUUCUUUUCACCGAAAAUAGAGUAUUUUUGAAAAGGUUGAAGCUUUUUCUUUGAGAGAGAGAGAGAGAGAAAGAGAAAGAGGUGGACGAUGUCUAAUGAAAGGCAAGCUUCUUCCAAUCCCGCAUCUCCUGAAGAAAACGCUAUGUUCCUUGAUAUACUGCAUGAGGCGCCCUUAUUUGGCCACCGGAAACCAAGGAGUAUCUUUGGCGGUGUUUUUUACUGUUUCAUACUGGCAGGUUAUGCUAUUUUGGCUGCAGCAGCUCCUUGGAUAUUUGAGCCCAUCGAGAAAUUUGUCUUACAGUUGCUUUGCAGUUGCGAUGUUGUUCUUUUAAUAGUCACAGGCAUUUUUCAACAAUAUCUUGUUUAUCAAGUUCAGAAGAUACGUUUACAGGGUUAUUAUAGUUUCAGUCAGAAGUUGAAGCAUAUUGUUCGCCUACCAUUUGCCAUUACAGCAUAUGGAACUGCUGCAAUGAUGCUUGUCAUGGUCUGGAAACCGGACAUCAGUAUUCUUUCCACCUCUGCCAUAGUCAGGAUUAUUAUGUUGGUUGAAGCAGUAUGUUCUGGGUUCUUUAUGAGUAUGUAUAUCGGUUAUGUACACCAGUACAAUUCACUGGAUUCUCAGCCUGAUGUUUUGAAGUCAUUAUAUUCUCCCCUUCAGCCAUCAAGUCCUUUGGAAGAUUUGAGGUAUUAUGAUGGUGGUCGACUCUCUGACCAGCAAAUGGCUUUACUGCAGUAUCAGCGUGAAAACCUUCAUUUUCUGAGUGAGGAGAUUCUUCGAUUGCAAGAGUGCUUAAGCAAAUAUGAAGGAUCUAAUGAUGGAAGCACACCUCAGGUUGAUCUUGCCCAUCUAUUAGCAGCUCGUGAUCAAGAAUUACGAACAGUUUCAGCUGAGAUGAACCAACUGCAGUCUGAGCUAAGACUUGCCCGUUCUUUAAUGGCUGAGAGGGAUGCAGAGGUCCAGCGUGUCCGAACAACCAACAAUCAGUUUGUUGAAGAGAAUGAAAGGCUGAGAGCUAUUCUCGGAGAAUGGAGCACCCGAGCAGCAAAGCUUGAGCGAGCUUUGGAGGUUGAACGGAUGUCAAACCUUGAAUUACAAAGGAAGGUUUCAAACCUUAGAAAUCCAACACAGGCAUCAGGUGAAUCAAGCGAGCAGCGGGGAGCCUAAGUACGCCUUCCGGAGAAGUUGUAUAGACUGAUUUCCCACUGCUCCCAACACUGGGAGUGAAACUAAUCUUUUUCUUAUAUGCUUAAAAGAAACUUCAAGACUGGAUAACAUAUGCUUUACAGCUAUUAUCCCUUGAUUUCUUGCGUUGGGGAGUGGUUCUGGCAAUGUUCUGGGACCUGUGUACAUAACAGUAAAAUUUUUCCCUUUGCUGGAUGCAGAAUUUGAAUGACACUAAUCCAGUGUGCCAAAUCCUCUAAAUUUAAAACAUAGUCAAAUUAUGAUGAAAAAUCAAAAUAAAAAUUUUCGUUAGAUCCUCGUCUUCCAGUGACGUGCUAUAUCAGAGUUUGGAUGUAGUGUUAAAUAUGCAAGGGUUGUUAGGUCAUUACUUGGAAGUGACAUGUUGUCUCACUGUUCGGGUGCAGCAUCAAGUAGGUAAAGAUUUUCG